AUGGCGCAGAAAGGAGUUCAGCUGGACCGGGAAACCUUCUCUUGUUCGUUGUGUCUGGAUCUACUGAAGGAUCCGGUGACGACUUCCUGUGGACACAGCUACUGCAUGAACUGUAUUAAAAGCCACUGGGAUGGAGAGGAUGAGAAUCGAAUCCACAGCUGCCCUCAGUGUAGGCAGAGCUUCACACCGAGGCCUGUCCUGGUGAAAAACACCAUGCUAGCAGAGUUAGUGGAGGAGCUGAAGAAGACUGGACUCCAAGCUGCUGCUGCUGAUCACUGCUAUGCUGGAGCUGAAGAUGUGGGAUGUGAUGUCUGCACUGGGAGAAAACGGAAAGCCUUGGAGUCCUGUCUGCAGUGUGUGGCCUCAUACUGUGAGAAACACCUCCAGCCUCAUUAUGAAUCUCCUGCCUUUAAGAAACACAAGCUGGUGGAGCCCUCCAAGAAGCUCCAGGAGAACAUGUGCUCUCGUCACAACGAGGUGAUGAAGAUGUUCUGCCGUACUGAUCAGCAGUGUAUCUGUUAUCUCUGCCCUAUGGAAGACCAUAAGGGCCACGAAACAGUGUCUGCUGCAGCAGAGAGGACUGAGAGGCAGAGAGAGCUGGAGGGGAGUCGACUAAACAUCCAGCAGGGAAUCCAGGACAGAGAGAAGGAGGUGAAGCUGCUUCAGCAGGAGGUGGAGGCCAUCAAUGGCUCUGCUGAUAAAGCAGUGGAUGAGAGUCAGAAGAUGUUCACUGAGCUGAUCCGUCUCAUAGAGUGCUCUGUGAAGCACCAGGUCAGAUCCCAGCAGAAGAGUGAAGUGAGUCGAGUCAAAGAUCUUCAGGAGAAGCUGGAGCAGGAGAUCAGGGAGCUGAACAGGAGAGACGCUGAGAUGCAGAAGCUCUCUCACACAGAGGAUAACAACCAGUUUCUGCUCAACUACCCCUCUCUGUUACCUCUCAGUGUUUCCAAACACUCAUCCAGCAUCAACAUCCGUCCUCUGCGCUACUUUGAUGACGUGACAGCGACUGUGUCAGAAAUCAGAGAUAAACUACAGGACGUCCUGAGAGAGGAAUGGACAAACAUCUCACUGAUGGUGAGUGAAGUGGAAGAUUUACUGUCACCACCAGAGCCAAAGACCAGAGCUGAAUUAUUAAAAUAUUCACGUGACAUCACUCUGGAUCCAAACACUGCAAACACAAAGCUGCUAUUAACUGAGGAGGGCAGAAAAGCAACAUUCACGAGUCAACGUCAGAUAUAUUCAAGUCACCCAGACAGAUUCACGAAAUGGCCUCAGGUCCUGAGUAAAGAAAGUCUGACUGGACGUUGUUACUGGGAAGUGGAGUUGAGAGGGGGGGGAGUUUUUGUAGCAGUUGCAUACAAGAACAUCCUCAGAGCAGGGGGUUGGGAGGAAUGUUUAUUUGGAGUCAAUGAUCAAUCUUGGAUGUUACAUUCUGACAUUACCAAUUAUACCUUUUGGUACAACAACAUCAAAACUCCCGUCUCAGGUCCUCGGUCCUCCAAAGUUGGAGUGUAUCUGGAUCACGAUGCAGGUAUUCUGUCUUUCUACAAGGUCUCUGAAACCAUGACUCUCCUCCACAGAGUGCAGACCACUUUCACUCAGCCGCUCCAUGCUGGACUUCGGUUUAAUAUUGUAUUUCCUACAGCCACUGCUGAGUUCUGCAACCUCAAGUAGUCAGAAGUCAUUUAAGUCCAGCUCAGUUGGCACGUAAAAUGUUGGCAUUCUACACUUCUGCAAACCAUGGAUACGUUGAGUUUCAACAUUUUUGAUUUCGGUAGUGCAAUUAUGUUCAGUCAAUUAACUUGUGGGUAAAAUAACUACUGAGGUAGGGUUACUGAAGUAUGAAGAAGUAUUGUGUUUGGUGUUCCUGCAAGAACGAAACUGCUGAUUUUAGAACAUAUUUGUGGCUCAGAAACUUUAACUUCACUUUAUCUGGAGCUUUUCUAAAACCUACAAUAUCAACAUUUGUUCUGGGAUUUUUAAGUGACAGCAGGUUGAAUUCUGUUUAACUUUAGAACGUAUUUAGACUCCAUGUUUGUUGCUGACAGCUGAGAGUUGUGGCAUUUCUUCCACUGUCAAUCAAAACAUUGAAACACCUUUUUAGAUUUUCAAGUACCAGUUCCAGUGAAAGUUGUAUGUGCAUACAGUGCAACUAUUAUUACUUAUUAAACAAAAUGAGCAAAGUAUUGUCUUCUUGUCUUCAUUUCAGGCUGACAUUGAAACGCCUCGA